AUGAAACUUUAUUCUAAAGAAGAUUUUGAUAAUGAUGCUGAUAUCACAACUGAAUCAACUAUUUCUAAAAGAUUUUUAGAUUAUAAUAUUGAUGAUGGCUUUGUUAUUCCUGAUAAUGAAAAAAAUUAUUUUUGUAUUAAAU